AUGCAAGACGAGAACAAUGUCGAUGUACUUGCUGGGGUCUCAGAAACGGCCGUGGAAGAUGUGGCCGCUCAUGGUAUGUUUGAGGCGCCUCCAGCCGGGACAGAGAAAGUUCCCAAGUCGCGACGGUCUAACUCCUCUGCCUCUUCUGCCAUUCCUCCUGUUCCGAAUUUUCCAGCGCCGAAGACCGAUAAGCCACGACCACACGUUUGUACAACAUGUAUGCGCUCUUUUGCUCGCCUCGAGCACCUCAAAAGACACGAGCGGUCACACACGAAAGAGAAGCCCUUCGCGUGCUCAGAAUGUACCCGGUGCUUUGCUCGGCGAGACCUGCUCCUCAGGCACCAGCAGAAACUCCAUUCUACGACGACCCCAUCAGCCAGACCGCGCCAGGGUCGCCGAGAAAGCGUUGCAGGUGGUGGUCCCAGCAAAGUCAGGAAGAACUCCAUGGCUUCUGCCAACCCCGGGAUGCGACCAAGAGCAAAUACCCUGAGCCACGUUGAUGCUGCCACAAUUGGCAUGCUGGCCAACGCCGGGCCUGCCAUGAAUCGGCACUUUGCUUCGAGCCACAACCAUCACCACAGUAUCUCAGGCAUGCCCUCAGCGGCAAACUAUUCAUAUCGUGGCAUGUCGACCCAUCAUACGCCAGGCCUUCCAAAGCUCGAAACAGGACUCCCAAUGGAUCUGUCGAGCGGAUUGCGCACUGCACCUCCCUAUGGCGGAUUUGGCAACGAUUUUCCACUUGGAUUCCCGCACAACUCGGGAAGCACCAUCAACCCUCAUGCGCUGCACAUGAGCGACAUGGAUAUGGAUCAGUCAUUGAGUUUCCAGCAGAUGUUCUAUGCAAACGGAAUGGCCAACGGCAUGAACGCUGAGGACCAUACUUUUGAUUGGAUAGCUCGAGGCUUCGAGAACCAGAUGACCUUCAACAAUCAGGGCAACGAAAAUGCGAUUGACGACUCGUCGCCCUCUGCGAUGAGCACGAAUAGUCCUUCAAACCUGCAAGACAUGGUUGGCGAUGUGCAUCCGGCAUCCACACAGCAUCAAGGUAUGACGAAUCCACAUGCAUGGGCACAGGUCAUGCCAAAUCACAUCAACACCAUGAGCAGUCCAGUGAGCAUGGAUUUCACUAAUAACUUGAACGACAUGAUGAUGGGACACAAUGGAAUGCUUUCGCCAAAAUCAAUGCUUGCGCAAAACCACGGAGUCUUUGACAUGAACUUGCCAACGCCUCCAGAUAUGGCCAGUAUUGACAUGUCGAAUUUGCCUCCAGGAAUAGUGUACAACAAUGCUUUUCAGUUGCCUGUCGGCCGCCAAGGCGGAACCUCCAGCGCUUCGACUGCAUCCAUGGACAGUUCGUUACGACAAAGCUCGGUGACGACCACGUCUGGCGAGCUUGUGACCGACAGUGUCCGCAACACCCUGGUUGCUGGGCUCUCACAGAGCAACCCGUUCAAUCAGCGCAAAUACUCGCAGCCGCUCAUCAGCUCACCACUUUCUCCCGAGUCGCCAUCAAAGGUCAAAGGGUUCAGCGCCUCAACUUUUCCAACGACACACGAUCUUCAGCGAUACGUGGCUGCUUAUGUCAAGUUCUUCCAUCCACAUCUUCCAUUCUUGCAUAUACCUUCCCUUAACUUCGAGUCCUCGGAAUAUGGCUUGCCAAAUCGCUUCAACAUCAGUCAGCCGAACUUCGGCCCAGGCAACAUGACUGGCGGCGGCAGCUGUUUGGUAUUGUCGAUAGCCGCCAUUGGUGCGGUAUACGAGCGGGAAAUGGAUGCUUCGAGGGAAUUGUUCCAAUGCGCACAUCGCUUCAUAUUCAGCUACCUUGAGAUGCGGCGAAAGGCUGACAUGCACCGGACUCAGUUUGCGCCCCGACAUACAUCCGAAUCUGAGGAGACGCCGUUGUGGCUGGUGCAGGCGAUGCUACUACAUGUCAUCUAUGGUCACAAUUGCGGUGAUAAGACUGCCGCGGAAGUAGCGAGCAACCAUUGUUCGUCGUUGGUCAGUCUCGCACGCGACGCACACCUUGCUCGCCCAUCUUCAGAGCUGCAUGGCAUGCGCAAGGGUAGCUCAGGGCCCGUCGGCCAUCAUCCCGACAUGAAUUCGUGGACUUCGAUGCUUAACGAAAGCGAAGAAAUGGAUUGGAUCGAGUGGAAGGCGACCGAAGAGCGCAAAAGGACUCUUUAUGCUGUGUUUAUUCUGUCUAGCAUGUUAGUCAUGGCUUACAACCACGCACCGGCUCUGACCAACUCUGAAAUCCGACUGGAGCUACCAUGCGACGAAGAGCUCUGGUCAGCCGAAUCGUCGCAAGCUUGGCAAGCUCUGGGAGGAGCCAAUCAUCCCAGCUCCAGAUCGAUCACCUUUGCCGCGGCACUUAGUCACCUCUUGAUGUCAUCUCAGAGGCAUCGCCGGAAGAGUAUGAGUGGUGCGCAGGGUUCUCAAGCGCCCGAGCAAGACCUCAGGCCAAGCACAUUCGGAUGCCUCAUCCUGAUAAAUGCGCUGCACAACUACAUUUGGGAGACCAGGCAGCGACAUCUUGGCAGACAAUGGACCGAGCGAGAUACGGAGCAGAUGCAUGCACACAUCGAGCCUGCGCUACGAGCGUGGGAGGCAGCUUGGGCCAGCAAUCCGACGCAUAGCCUAGAGCGACCGAAUCCCUUUGGCGCUGGUCCUCUGUCAGCCGAUAGUGUACCGCUGCUGGAUUUGGCAUAUGUGCGAUUGUACAUCAAUCUUGGCCGAUCGAAAGAGGCCUUCUGGCAGCGUGACUACAACUCGAUGGCCGAGGAAGUGGCUCGUAGCCCGGAAAUCGCGGGCUCUGAUACCGCAACAGUCAAACAAAGGCGAAAGUCGUCGACAAGUCAAGAGCACAACAGCCCAGAUACCAAGAUCUCUUCAACAAACGGAGGAGAGGUUGACAUGCACCAAUCCACUCGAAGGGAACGACAACUUCGCCGAGCAGCAUUCUACGCAUCAGAUUCCUUGCUCAUGUCAGACAAACUCGGGCUCAUUUUCGAAGAGAGCAAGUCUGAGGAAUUAACUGCGCAGUCCGCCUUAUGCGCUUUCGAUUGCGCGCAAGUCCUGUCGGAAUGGCUGACAACUGUGCAAGAGCGAGUUGGCAAGUACGUCGGAGUCCUGGGCCAAGACGAUGUCGACCUAGGUCAGGUUCCUGCUGUUCUCCUGCUGGAGGACGAGGAUCGCCAAUUGCUGGGCAAGAUUGACGAUUUCGUUCGUCGGACCGAGCAAAAGGUGCACGCCGAGGUCACGACUGUACGCGAGGGCGGCUACAGCCCACGGAUUCUCACUUUGACUGCUCAGCUACUGGAACGUGCGGCAGUCUGGCCAGUGACCAAACUCAUGGGUCAGUCGCUCGAGACGCAAGCGGCACACAUGCGGGAUCGUGCUCGAACGUCCACUGUCUCGAUACAAGACUGA